UCCAAACGGCGCACUGUUUUAAAAUUCGCAGCAGAGACAAAGAAAAAAAAAAAAAAGGUCCGAAAUAAAAAAGACGAGCCAAGAUUUGUAUCUUCGUCGUCUCCGAUGCUCAGCUCCAUCACCGACGACAAGCCCGUCGCUUCAACUUGGCUCACCCGUCUCCGUUUAAACAGAGGACUAACCACCACCGAAGAUGACGAUGCUUCCGGUAAUCCACUUACACUCGACGACUUCCUCCGCCGCAACCACCACACCGAAAUCACCGGCACUAGUUCCGCCUCCGAUUCACCUCCAUCUGCUCCAAUUCGUUCAGAUCCAGAAUUAGCUGAGAGUCCAUCGGAAGAUCCAAAUCCCGGAGAAUGGUACGGAGUGAUGACCGAUGUUCUCUCCGAGCUAUUCAAUUUCGACGGCGGUGGCGGCUCAUCUAAAUCCUCCACGAUUCAAGGGAAGAAGAAGAAGCUACCUCGGAAACAAUCAAACCCUAGGCAUUGCUCUUUAGAGACUCCAGAAGAAGACGUUGUUGUUCCUUUGGCAAAUCAUCAGAAGAUCACAGACGCGAAUUGCGUCCCUAGCGUUCGUGAAUUCGCGACUUCGUCGUCGCGUAGCUCAUACAACAAGAAACCUCCGGCGAAAGAGAUUAAGGAAAGGAGAAGAAGCGUUGUGGCGGAGGAGGAAGUUGAGGGAGUGGAAGAGGAAGAAGAAGAGAAAGGAGAGAAGGAUUUAGUUGGGUUCUCGAGGAGUGAAGUGACGGUGAUUGAUACGAGCUUUAAGGUUUGGAAAUCUGAGAAACUUGUGUUCAGGAGGAGGAAUGUGUGGAAAGUGAGGGACAAGAAAGGUAAAUCAAAGGUCGUUUCCAAGACUAAGAAGAUGAUGAUGAAGAAGAAGAAGAAGAAGAAGAAGAUGAAGAAGAAAAAGAGGAAAUGUGAUGAUGAUGAUGAUGGUGAGAUUGCUAAGAAAAGCAAGAAGAUGAAGAGUUCAUCAUCAGUUCCAGACAAUCAUCUGCACCGUAGCGUCGAGGAGAUAUAUGAUGAACCAGAAAGCAGUAAUGCCAGCCGACGGUUGCCCUCUAAGCCUAGAAAAGAAGGUUCUUUUGGUAUACUACAUACAAGCAAGAAGAAUAGUGAAGCAGAGGCUCGAGGUUAUCGGUCCUUGGCCUAACGGAGCCAGUAAACCAAACCAAGUUUUCUCAUUUAUGUAUAUGAUGAUAACUGUUGUAUGAUUAUUAUGUAACAUUCUUGUUCAUGAAAAAAUGUAUUGCUUUUAUCUGAUUUAAAGAGAAUUAAGAUCUUAUUUCA